AUGACGUCUCUUCACCCCUUUGAGUACGCCUUCAUGGCCGGUGCGACUUUUUCGCCCGAGGAGCGCGUCCAGCUGACGAGCUCCCUCCCUCUUCUUAGCGUGCAGACGAAGCGCAAGGACCUGGUUCUCUGGGGCAAGAUCUUUGGAUACAAGGCAGACUACAUUAUUGUGGAAGCCUUUGAUGACGACGCGGUGGUGGAGCCGGAACUUUACUACACCCUCGAUGAGGGCCGCACCUUCAGCCUGCUCGGCACCUUCUCCUCUGUAUUUUCCGUGUGCCCAGGCUACAGCACCUGCAGCGGCCUCGAGCAAGCGGAGUGGAAGCAGCUCAUGUUGCUCGGUAUGCGUGGUCCCUUUAUCGGGGACCCUGCGUACGAAUACCGUGUGAGCAACCAGAGCACCAGUGAUGGUACACCGGAGAUUCAGAGCGUGAAAGAGUCGGUGCGCCUGGCCCUCUUCAUCGAGGAGUUUGACCACGAGUGCCGCGUCGUGCCACGUGGGGCGUAUAUGAAGGCAGAGCGUCAGGCGACAGCGACGAUCGCGUCCACUACCGGAGCUGAGGUUCACGCGGGUGAGCGGGCUGAGGUGCGUCGCAACACCGCGUUUGGCGGCCUUCCGCGAACGGUGGAGGGAGCGCUGUCGCUGCGCAACUACUACCACCUGCGUGCCGUGAACCCGUAUCGCCGUCUGCUAGCGUGCAAGCGGAACACCCUCUUCACCAAGUCCGCGCUGGAGGAGCUCAGUGAGCACCCCCUCUUAGAUGCCGCCUUCGAGUCCUUGGCGGAGGACGUGCCGUCGGGGACGUGGCAUCUGCGCUACGACGCGUUUCACAAUGUCGUGAUGGGCCGCAACAUCCGCUUCAGCGGCUCCCUCUUCUACCACGUGCCAGAAACGUGUGUGUACGGGACUGUCUACAUGGGUGACGGCAACAUGAACGUCAAUGCCGCCUUCGAGAUGUGA